UCAUUUUGAGGACGAGAGUUUAGAUGGUAGCAUGGCGGCCACUGACAAGCAGUGGUUCGUCGGGGAAGACGGAUGUUUAUCCGUUGGGGAAACAGUUACAGGUGUAACGUAUCAUUCGUCUCUUAAUUCCAUCAUUUUAACUACAAAAGAACCAUCUUUGAAGAUAUUGGAUGCAACAUCAGGGAUAGUCUUACAAAAAUCUGACCUAUCGGUUGGACAGAAACAUGGAAACCUGCACUGUGUAUACUUGUCAGAAAAAGAGAAAACUGUAUUUUGGGAUGCCCAUGCCCUGGGGGUCAGGAAGGAUCUCAGAGGGGUGCUGCUCCUUGACACCGCUCUACAGAUCCCAGUCAAGCACUCAGAAGAUGUUAUCAAGUGUGAAUUACCACUAGUUGAGGCUGGACAGUUGUUGAAAGCAUUGAUGAAUGCUGACCUGCCAGGAGUGGACAGUGUGGAGGAAGUUCUAAAAGAGUUAGAGAGAGGAAUAGAAUCUACCCACGAGGCCACGAAAGGAAACCAUAAAACAUCAAAGUGGGCAUCAGUGUGUAUCAAACUGCCACACAUGGUACUGAAGUCUGUGUGUUCUGGCCUUGUAAAUGAGCUAAAACGAAGUAAUGUGCACAGCCCCGAGCUGUCGAUUGCAUCAGCCAUCAGUGACCGCCUGUGUUACCUGCUUCCCAGCACACUGCCUGAUAUUGGAAGUGGACAUGUGGAGAGAGCCCUCAUGUAUAGUGAAGCUGCUCGGCGAGAAACAUUCACAAAAUGGCCACAUAUGAACUACAAGUGGGCAUUGCCAGAUCCCAUGGCCCAGGCAGGCUUUUACCACCAACCUAAUGCUUCAGGAGAUGACCGAGCUAUGUGCUUCACCUGCAAUGUAUGCCUGGUAUGCUGGGAACCUACAGAUGAACCUUGGUCAGAACAUGAACGUCAUUCACCGUCAUGUCCUUUUGUCAAGGGGGAGUACACACAAAAUGUACCUUUCUCAGUGACCUAUGCAACACAACCAGCUCAGCUUCACGGAAAUCCUGGAGAAGAAAUUCAUUGUGUCGGCACAACAUCAGAUGAAGACUUCUUUGUAACCUCGACAAAGCAUGGAAAUAUAUGUGUGUGGAGCAUAAGCCGAGUGCUUCAAAAAUAUUGUCAGUUCAACCUAGAUCCUUCAGAAACACAAGUGGCUUUGAAAACAGGAUUUCAAACUGAUAAAGUUGGAGAAACAUACAGAAACACUGGUGUCUCAAGAUCACGAGAGGCAAAGCAAGGUGAAGGAGAAGAGGAGAAGACACAGCACAAUUCUGAAUGUUUUGGGGCAUCAUCUGAAGAUGAAAUACAAGAAAUACCCUUACAUGAUGAAAUUGCAGAUGAGCCUGCAGUCCCCACUGAGAGGACCAGACCAUCAGAGGAUGUGUUUGUGACAGCUCUGUGCUUGUUAAAGAAGCUUAAAGACAGUUGUGGGAAAGAUCUUUUAGGAAAUUCAGAUAAAACCGAUAUUGCUAAAGGAUAUAGUUCUUCUCAACCUAGUCUACUUUGUGGAGCAUCACUUCGCCAGACCAGAUGUACACAUAUAGAAGACAAUCAGCUGCAGUCAUCAAUUGGUGAAGCAAAAAGUGAAACUGUACAGUUGAUGAAUAAAGUAAACCAAGUGGUUAGUGGUGACUCUCCUCCUCGGAUAAUUUCUGACACAGAGGAGGGAGAUGACUUUAUUCUACCAGAGACAAAGCUACUGCCAUACCUACUGAUGGUUUCAGUGCAAACUAGUAUCAAUACGAGUCAUAUGAGACAACAGUUUGAUUCUGAAUCAAUAGCAAAACCUCCAACUGGGGGUGAGAAUGGUGUUAUAACCCCACUAGGACUAUCAUCUAUGCAUCCGGACUGGUCUAUGUUUUUGGAAAAUGAUCCUUGGGCAGAUCCAGAUGUUCAGAUUGUAGGUUUUACUCCAAGUCCAAUGCAAACCUCACAACUUAAAGAUAGCAUUCCAGAAAGUACUGGCAAGAACAACAAUGAUAGCAGUAGCAGUUCUUUGGGAGUUGACAUGCCAGUAUUGCAAACAGUGAAAAUGUUUGAUGAUUGUGAAAAAAGAGAAGUCAAAACACAGUUGCCUUUGAGAGCUGGCGCAGUUAUCCAGUGUUUAGACUUACCAAAACAGUUCCAGAGAGAAGAGUAUGAAAUUGCAUCAAUAACACCAUCAAAUGACAAACAGUAUGUAGUAGUUGUAGUGUCUCCUAAGAAGGACUUUGCAUUAAACAAAGCAGAAUCAAAUAGCAACACUUCAAAUGGGGUUGCUGGAGGUAGUGUGAAUGGGGACACAGAACAUGCUGGUGGUGGGCUCAUAGUGUAUAAACUCAAAACUGAUGGUAGCAAUACCCUGGUGGAAGAAACACCAUCUAUUGUCCAUGUCAUUGAGAAGAAAGAAAAUGCUGUCUGUAGUUUGCUAAUGUUGCCUCAAGAAGUGGCUGACCAAGUGGAAGAGGAAGAUUGUGGACCACGUGAACAAGACUCAACACUGGACAGUGUUAUGGCAAGCCGUAUUAAACCAUGCAGUGUACCUGGUCAAGUGGCACUCACUCUAUUGUGUGGUAGUGUCUGGCUUGUCAACCUUGCAGACAUGCAGUUGCUUGCAGAAAUGAAACCCCUCGAGGAGGAAAAAUUCAUUUCCAUUGCUUACUGUACAGGGAUUGAACGUCUGUGUGUGUGUACAGACACAGGGAAACUCCACUUCUACCAGAUAUCUGAACAGAGUCCAGAUCUUCAGGAUUCUGCAAUAGAGAUGGAAGGAAUAUCAACCAAACAUUCGCCGGACACCGAAUCUUCAACAUGUAAAAAAGCAAAAUUUGAAGAUGUUGUUGAUCAUGCAAUAGGAAAGCCCAGUAGUGGAAUGGAGCUAUUGGCAAAGAAACCUCUGGCAGCUGAGACACUGUCAGGACUUCACAGUCUUACACAGUUUGAGAAUUUAUUCCCUCGCUAUACAGCAACAGUACCUCCAUGCUGGAGUGAGAUACAGCAAGAGCAACAGCAGCGACGUCAUCCCCAGCACUUACAACAACAAGGGGAGACAACACAGCACACUCGCACAUGGAAGCUAGCCCCUGACAGCACAAGCAACACAUGGGAUGAACACCUUCUGGAGAUAGUACUUCCUCGUCCUUGUUGUGUUGGCCAUGUAGACCUCAAGUUCACUGUACACCCAAUGUGCACAACUCAGCCAAACAUUGAAGUGACCCUCCUGAAGCAGAACAUUGGAAACAUUCGUAAACAAUCUCAUGGAUCUCGGUCAGUGCAGGUUGAAGUGGAUGAAAAAGUGGACUUUGGUAAUCUCGCCAGUGGAGGGACACAACAGGAACACUCCAACAAUGUGCUGGAUCCAGGGUUUCUUGAAAGUCACAAUGCAGAGAUUCUUUGUGGACCUAUUCAAAUCUCUGCUUGCUUAGAUCUUUCAGGGAAUAGUGGACUGGUGUCUCUCACUAGCCCCCAGCUGCUUAACUCUAAGCCACGCUCACUUCUCUUGCAUAUUAAAGGUUUCCCAAACAAACCAGAGGAUUCAAAUCUCACAAAGGAGACUAAAAAGAAGAUGUCAACUCCAGUUGCGUCUACUUCUAACUCCUCAAAGCAGAAGACAAUUAAGUCUUUGUUUGAGAAUGUGCCCUACAUGCCUGGAGCCAGUGUUGCAGAGAGACUAGCAGCUACAGCACCACAUAAACAAAAACUCACUGAUGUGAAAGGCUGUGAUUGGAUUCAAGAAAUUUCAUUGACAGUACGAAAAAUGAAAAGAACAAACAUUCCACGCGAGAGGCCCCAAAGAAAUGCAAUGAUUGAAAUGCAGAGCUUUCAUGAAAGACUGUUGAAAUUAGUUGCUCUUCCGAGUGAAAAUGAAUUGGUUGGGAUUGGUACUGAACAUGCUCAGAACAUAGCACUAGAUGUGCUGACUUGGAUAACUGCAAUACAGAUGAAUGAUCCUAUCAAGAGGAAGCACAGUCGCUGUCUGGUUGUAGUUGUGCAACAACAUUUGAGGGAAAUUGUGAAGGCAUGUCUAAUAGAUGGAACAAGAACAACAGCUCACAAGUGUUCACGGUUACUUGCGCUACUACUGGAGUAUGCUAAAGUAUCAUCAGAUCCUGACCUGGCCCCAGCCUUCAGUUACCUCAUGCUGCAAGCGAUGAUCAGCUGCUUGCCUUUACUCCCAUGUGCCACAUCAGCCGGGGCCAUGAAGUGGUUCUUUACAGUGUUAAACCAUGUCAAAUGUAUGGAUAUCAACACUGUUGCUAAGACAUGUACAGAACUCUUAUGUGCAAUUGCUAAGCAUUAUCAAGAGAGAGCAGUUCCAUUACAUGCUCUGCUAAAAAUCGGGUUGUAUGGUCAUCCCUUGGAACCAGAUCUCUUUGACCUUGAGAAUCCUCAAAGCCUGAAGAACACCAUCAAACCCAGUGCAUUUCAAAUUGCUAAGGCUAACAAUAUCAGUGCACAGUCCAUGUCAACAACACCUACAGUACAAGCAGCCCUAGAGGCUACUCGGCAACAGGAUGAGCCAGAUCUUUAUGAGAUGUUGUGUUUAAAUUCUUCACAAGACAAGUCUGGAAAAUCACCUGUGGAUUAUGCACGUAAUCAUGUCUUGGGAUUGUUAGAGGCAGAACCACUUCAUUUUACUUGCCAUGCUACCAGUGAUGGCACCAGAGUUGAAAGAUUGGAUGCCAAUGGUAAUAUACUCCCAUCCACUGCACCUUUAGGCAUGUCAGGCACAAUAAACUUUGGUGAAAACCCUCCACCAAUCAUCAGUGGUGGUUCUGGCAUGACUGGAAUGGCAAUGGCAGACUCUCUCAAGAAACUUGCCCAGAUAUAUGCCAAACAGUUGCAUCCCAGUUACAAGCAGCUUGAACAAGCCAUCACAGAAGCUAUCCAUACCCCAGGAAAGAAAGUAACCAAAGCUCCAGAACUCUUUCCACCAACACCGAAAACUACACCCAACUUAAUGACUCCAUCUGUUACACCUCCAAAUGAAACAUGGCAUGUACAGGUCGUGGCACCACCAUCAGUUUCCAAGCUGAUGAGUGGUGAGAGUGAUAUCAGCAAGCAACAGCAACAACAACAGCAACAAACAGUUGCCCCACAAACAAUAUCACUUUCACUAGCAGGUGGUUCCGGCCAACCAUCCACAUCACAGAUCCAGCAGCAGACACAGAAAGCUUCAUUUGCUUUUCCCCAAAACCAGGCUCUGUUGCAGCCACCUCCGCCUCAGGUCCUUGUCAUAGAAAGAAUGCACUCAGGUGCAAGGCGUUUUGUGACACUUGACUUUGGAAAGCCAAUUCUUCUCACUGAUGUAAUAAUACCGGCCUGUGUUGACCUUGCUUCACUCUCUAUUGAUGUUUGGAUACAAGGAGAAGAGGUUGAUGGACAGAGACUAGUUGUGGCUUCAGACAUAGGAUUAAGAACUCUUGUCAUGAACAAUAUCAUGCCUCCACCCAUCUGUCGCUAUCUGAAGAUUACAACUGUAGGAAGAUAUGGUGCUGGAACAACACGUUCGCGGAUCCCUAUAGGUGCUUUCUAUGGUCAUUGUUAUAUUCUACCAUGGGAAUGGAAGGAAUAUGUGGAGGACCAGAGUGCUCCCUCAUGCAGUCAUUCUGCAGCUCAACUGGAAGUUCAGGGCCAGUCCCAGUUGUUGUCACAGCUUGGACUCUUCAUGUCACUUCAAGAAGAUCUUCAGUGCAGAUACAGUCUAACUAAAACUCGCCUGGAGUCCCUUCUCAGUGCAGUGGAUAGUAUGCAGUUCCCAGCAUCACAUGUUGAAUACUAUUUGAAGAAAACCAAGAAAAAUGAUGAAGACAAUAGUAUCAUUCAGACAUAUAAUGACUGCCUACAGCUACAGCUGCAGCUGAACCUUGCUCAAAGAGCAAUUGUCCGUCUGAAAAGAGCACUUGGUAUCAAAGGUAGAGAAUAUGAGGAAAAUGUGAAUAUGAAUAAUCUGCUUCGGCAAACAUCAACAGACAAGCUUAGAGUGAUGUUGGAGAACCUGCUUGAUACCCUGCUGAGCAUGAGUACAAGCACCCCAACAAUUCCACAACCACCCUUGUCUCUGUACAUGGCACUUACACCACAGACAAGUGAGACUCUCUUUAAGAACUUAUGUCUGUUGGGAAGCAGGCGUAUCCAAGUCAGCACAGGUUUACUACUGACUAGGAUCUGUGGCAGUCAGACAUGGUGGGGAACUUUCUUGGGAAAUAUGCUUCAGGAAUUCUUCAAUUCUGAAUAUACUCAAAUAUUUCCUCAAGACAGAGUAUUUGUGUUGCUGAGUGCCCUUGGCCAGAAGUCCUUGAGUGGUCCCAGCUCUGUCAGCAUUAUGGAAUCUCUACUGGCAAUGUUGGCCAAGGUGCUGUCCCCACUUACAAGUGCACCUGAUGCUGCCUCACACAGAAACUCAAUAGGAUGUUUGGACUUAUCACUCGUCAGUUGGAUUCUUCUUUUCUUGUGCCGAAACUUUGACAACUCUUUUGGUCUUACACCGGGAGUAGAAGAAUCAGAAAAAGUAAAUCUGAGAAAGGAUGCAGGAUCAUGCCAAGCAAACCGUUGGGGUUUCAUCCAGGGUCACGUGUCUAACAAUCCAUCUCGAAGCAAAUCUCGUUCUGGCAAACUGUACAGGAGGUCACUUCAAAAACGCAUUCUACACCACAAGCAAAGACUUCAUGAUCUAGAGUUAGCCAAGAAGAAGUUUGUUGAGAGCCAGCUUGAGAAGAGUGGAGGCCAGGCUGUGGUGGGGAAAGAGGCUCAGGCUCUCAUGAAGCAGCAGGAACAGCAGUUUAAGAAGGAGUUGUCACAGUAUGCUUCUAAGCACUUAAAAGACAUUGUUCACAUCCGACGGGCCGAUGCCGCUAUGUUGCAGAAGCUGCCGGGUUGGAGAGAAGAAGGAGGGGCUGCACCCAAUGGAGGGGAGGAUGAGUCCGAUACUACCCUCGUGUUGCCGCGGGAUCGUUGUCUAGCAGUGGUUAGAGGUCUUAUGGCUCUGCUACUCAGCAUGGAUUUCACAUGCCAUGUCGACUUGUUCUUGGUGGCUUGUAAGGUGUUUGCUAGAAUUUGUAAUAGUACACGCCCUGCUAUAAGCCUGACUGAAUCCAUGACACAGGAACAACUGGAAAAAUUAAUUCUGCUCGUUGCCAACCAAGAAUUCAACCAUGGCACUAUCACUUGGGGUGGACCAUGGGCCAGCCAUGCUAUCACUUGUCUGUUGCAGGAUGUGCAAGAUGGCGAAAGGUUGUACCCAGCAAUGUCUGGUUUGUCAGCAAUACCUGAUGAGAUGUCUGCAACUGUGACAGAGACAGAUGAUAGUCUUGCUCAGAGUGUUAGUCUACCAACAUUUGAUGAUAGCAAUGGAGAAAUAACAGAUGUGGAGAGCUCCCAGGUUGGGGAAGUGAGUACAACACUUGACAAGGAUUCCUCCAUGAUGGUGGACUUGCUGCUGGAUGACCCUGAGCUGGAUGAUGAUACCACUGAUAAACUCCAUGAGUAUGUCACUGGAGAGUCUGUCAAGCCACCACCUGCUAAUGAUGGACCUUUCCAUGUUGUCUACAUGGGACUUAGUGAUGGUCCAAACCAAACCAUGGAAUUAGCAGACCACAUAAAGUCAGCAAUGUCAGGAAAUUUGACAUCAUAUGACAAGAAACAGAAGUUGAAGAACCUAAAAAGCAAGUUAUCAGACUACCUGAACACCUCAAAGGCAGGGAGUGGUUGCCAAGGUCUCUCUUCAGCAUUAGAUGCAAGAUUGGAACUAGGUCUGGAGACACAAGCUGAACUCAGGCUCAAGGUGAUGCUGUCUGUACAAAUGGACACUGUACAUAGUGCCUUUUCAAGUUCCUUGCCACCGGCUCUUUCACUUGCCAACAAUACAAGCACACCAUUGCAGCCUCCUUCCACAGAUGAUGAACUGUCUGAAGCCAGUAUACAUCCUACACAUCACAGGCUGCAAAGUUCCAGUGAAAUGUUGAGUCAGUGCUUCAACCACCUAUUUUCUCAACUGCUAAACCGCCGUGUGAAUCUGGACACUGUCCUGCAGUUGUGGCUGACAAUGAAUGAAGACAGUGCACAUGAUGACACUCCACUUCAUACCAGCUUUGAUCCUUCUCGCAUUCCAUCAGUUCCAUUGACUGGUUCGUCUUUAGCUCAUCUACUAGAAGCUGUGGUCCUUACACCAAACUUGCCAGUGCGAAGUUGGGUAUUUGUCUUUCAAACACUCUGCCUGUUCUCCAACCAGAGGACAGCUUCUCAAGUGGCUGGACCAGAUAUAUCUAUGGUGAAUGCUGUGCUGAAGGAGAGCAACUUGAUGCCUUUGUUGGUGAAAUUUCUGUCUGGUGUAUCCACUAGUGGUCCAACUGCAGCAAGCAUCUACUAUUCCCAGGUUGGACCAUCAGCAACAAAAGCUUUUGAUGAAUUUCUCAGAAGAAUGCAGAUCAAAUCAGCUGAGAGCAGCACUCAGAAUUUGAGAGAACUCAUGCUGAAACUGGUGUUCACUUUAACAGCAGAAAGAGGUGCUUUCUACAGUUGUAUGGGUCCCCUGGAUGCCCAGUGUAAGUUCCUGGAGUUUGUACUGGACAUUCAGUAUGGUCAAGUGGAUAUCAACAAUGCGAUAAGUGUUAUUCAGUCCAUUAGUUCACUUGUUCAUCAGCACAUAAUCUGCCAAGAACGGGUUACUUGUCGUAGCUCAUUUGAGAACAACGUGAGUGCGCGAUCGUGCUUUGGUGGAUUGUUCGCUGGACUUUUGAGAGGCGGAGACACACGAACAGGACUUGGUGAUGCCAGUCGUGAUAGGCUUAUGUGUAGUUUACUGAAAUUGGUCAAUAUACUUGUUCAAGUAAAUAUACCAAGCAGAAACUUGAGGAGCUCAGAAGUUCCUUCACAAGAAAGAAGUGAUCCAACAUUGACUCCCAUGUUAUUGACAAAUAGACUUUCAGAUGCUGACAAAUUGAGUCAUGUACUGGCUACUUCAACCCCUGUGGCAGCACCUGUGAUGGCAAUACUCUCAGAUGAUGAAAAGGGACAUCAGACAGAUGAACAAAAGACAGAAUCAGCAGCUGCAGUUGCAGCAGGAAUGGAGAUGAAUAAUUCUGACUGGCGCCAGCCCACGGACACGAACAACUGUGUUGCAGAAAUUAUUCUAACACAUCAAUACAUAAUGCAAAAUUUUCUGCAGACAUUGAGUUUCUGUAAUAGUAAUGCCAUGGCCACCCUUCUUGGUAAUGCUGGAGUACAGAGUGUCCAGGAGAAUUUGACAGGUGGAGAUGUUGUCUCUGUUGGGGAUUGUGUAUAUCAGAUCCUUGUGACACUGGCAAGUUGCAAUUCGGACACAAAGCCAAUGCUGGAUUCACUUUUCCACUACCUCUCUGGAAGCACUCUCUGCAGGCUCUCUGAGCCACUGCUAUGGUUUGCCUUACGUGUCCUCAACAGUUCUCACAAUAUCAAGCAGUUCCUAGAUAUAGGUGGCAUGGAGGUGGUGUGCAGCAAUCUGGUCAGUUGUAAUCGCCGCCUUAUCUGCACCAAUUCUAGCUUAAUCUCUACCAUCAUGCAGAACAUGAACAACGGAAGAGCAGGAGCAAAUGGUGACAAGAUCAACUCCACAGAUUCAGAAAAUACAGAUGGAUUGCAGAACUUUGCUCCUAUGGGCACAGUCUCUUCCAGCAGCCCAACAGCAAGUCCAGCAGAUGUCCUUAUCCAAACAUCGCCCCCACAUAGGAGAGCCAGAUCUGCUGCCUGGUCUUAUCACUUCUAUCCUGAUGAAGCAUGGGUUGAUCUCACCAUACAACUGCCAUUUGCUGUAUUACUGAGAGAAGUGCAAAUUCAACCUCACGGUUCUUCUCUAGCAACGUGUCCAUCCUUCGUAUCCCUGGAGAUAAGUCACGAUGGAAUGACUGUGACCCCAAUGUGCCCACCACUUAUGACGUCUAGCCUGGCGGUGAUCAAACUUCAACUACAGAAGCUAGAAGUGACUUCCUCCGUCACUAUCCGACUCCACAAAGCUCGAGAUUCUAUGACCAUUGGACUUUCUCAAAUUCUUCUUAUGGGCUACAGUGCUUUCAGAGAUACUGGUGCUAAACCUGGUGCAUCCUUUUCAGCUGAAGAUUCAGUCUCUCACUCCAGCAUUGGUUGGAUUCGUCUUCUCCACCAUUGUCUGACAGCAUUUGAUGAUGUGGAAGACCGUGUUGCUGCGGCAGCAGCCUCUACACCAAAUCUUCUGACCACCUGUGCCUCCCUCCUUGUGUCACCUACCGCUAUUAUCUACACACCUAAGAUUGAGGCAGUGCUGCUCAAGAUUGGUCUUCACUCUCUACCUAUGGGACUUGCUCUCAUUGAUAACAUUUUGAGCAGUCCUCCAUUAGCCAGAGGGAACAAUGCUCAUCCAUACCUUGGUAAAGUUAGUGGAGUUGCCAGUGAAUCAACUGUGGAAUUGCUCUAUCAGUUGGGAAUGGUGCAGGAUUCAGGGACAAAAGCAAGAGUGCAGGCUGUAUUACAAUGGCUGGGCGACAGUGGUCAACAGGCUGUCCAAAAGAAUGCAGGAGGAGGUAAUGAUUCCGGAAGAGAAGCAGGUGGAUACAUGUGGCUCAGCACUCUGCCUAACCCAGCACCAGCUCAUGUUCACUGUAUUGCUGCAGUCUUGUGGCAGAGCCAAGAACUCCAAGUACAGUAUGGCUUGGCUGACAUCAUCACAAUAGACCUGGUCAGCUGUUUAUAUGAAUGGUCUACAAUGCUGUCAUCUGACUCGCUGCUGAAGAAGUCACUCGACUAUGUUCUGUGUGCUGCCUGCCACAUCCAGCCAGAGUUUUUUACAAUGAUACUUGAGUGGAUGGGAAUAAUUAUCAAUUUUGAUCACAGCAUGAAUGCAUCUAUAUCAGAUGACUGCAAAGACAGUUUUCAGUUUCAUCAAGGGACAAUGACAGAUGAUUCAAAAGAAGCCAGUCAUGUGCCGCCAAGACCUGCAAACUCACCACCUAUUACAUUGCAAGAAUUAAGUCACAUGAUGCUAGAUGAAUCAAGACUUGCCACUUUAGCCUUAGUUUGUAAGUCGCCAGUUGCCAUCAAACAGCUCCUGGACUCUGGUUUCCCGGCAGUUCUAGCUCAGUGCUUGUAUGAAUUCUGUAAAAAUGAAUUUGUUAGGAUGUCAGAGAACAAUGAUGCAAGCAGCAGCCGAAGUGGAACAAAUGUUGUGUCAGAAGGAAUCACUGUCAUUAAAGAGGAGACACCAGACUUAGCUGAAACAGACAAAUCAUGGUCACUGAAUGGGCAACUGGUUGCUGCGAUAUUGGAAUUCUUUGCUGAAGUGAGCUCAGAAACAUUGAUGAAGGACUGGGUUGGGAGCCAAGAGGGCAGUGUGUUUUGGACGAUGCUACUCACCAUGCUGUGCACUACAUACUCACAAACAGCUCAUCCUGGGGCGCAUCCUCCACAAAUACAACUGAAGGUAAUGACUGCAGAAGAACGGUCAGUUCUAGAGUCAUCAGCGGUCCAUUUCUUCACAAGAGUGAUAUCUUGUCACUCCAUCAACCAGCUCUUUUUUUUGCCAAAGUAUUGUGUGAUGUCAUCCGAGAACAGGGUCAUGCAAGAACAGAAAAACUUUCUAGUAUCCUCGAAUCUUAGUGGCAUUUCACUGUACCAGUGUUCAGUGCCGACUGCAGACUCUCACUUCAGGCAACCAGAUUCAUCAUCCUCACUACGGUGCAGGUCGGAGCUACAGAACAGUCAUGCUCAACAUAAACACUUCAAGUGGAGACGCGCGCUCAACAAAGUUGCAGAUGCUCCUGUGCUGACAACUCCCUUCCUUGAUAUAAAGGAUGAGAAGACAAAGAAUAACAAUAGUGACGAAAAGAUAGACCCCAGUGAGUUAGGGCUUGAGAUGCUGGAAUACCUGUCUAAUGCUGCAGGUAUUUCAGCUAAAGAGCGUCGAGAGAAAAGUCCAUCUCCUACAAAGAGCGCACUUCCUCCUCGGCCUCCUACAAGAAGAGGACGACAUACACUGGAGGAUGUGUCAUCUCAGCUCAAGUUUUCCAUGUCUUCACUCCAGUUACAUCACAAGAUUCUCCCGAAUAAGGCUCUGCCAUCAGAGCUGACACUGUCUCAGUUGGUGCAUCUUGUGGAACAGAGAGGAGAAGCUAUGGCUUCAUCUACCAGUUCAUGCCUUCAACUUACCAUGCGCCUACAGUCAGCCCGCUUACAACAGACACACACACGCAUCUCAACGUCCCUGCAGGAACAAGAUGUUGGAUGUGCUGUGCCAAUGGAAGACUGGAACAUGAAGGAGGAGGAUGUCCCCAACCAGGUGUUGCUGUGUUCUGCUACAUUUCCUUCAGCUCUGCAAGUAUUUGCGAGUGUUGGAGGACUUGCUCUCCUUGCUGAACACCUGCCAUUACUCUACCCAGAGAUCACCCGGCAAGCUGCAUCGCCAGAGGCUACUACUGAUAACAACAAUGUAUCUGAUAUUGGUCAAGACUGGGUUACUGUGGAAUCUUCUGAUGAAUUUUAUGAUCCAUAUGUGGAACCAGUUUCUCCUGCCCCAACUGCACAGAGGACUGCUCGCCACUCUUCUUCGGGCAUGCCUUCCAUACCUCCUCACUCGCUCAUUGCAUUUGGCUUGUUCCUUCGGCUACCAGGCUAUGCUGAAGUCCUGCUGAAAGAGAGAAAGAAGGCACAGUGUCUAUUGAGACUUGUUCUGGGAGUCACAGAUGACGGAGAUGGAGGUCACAUUUUAACUUCACCUCUGGCCAACUCCUUACCUACAUUGCCUUUCACUGUGCUUAAGUCACUGUUUGAUGCCACUCCACUGACAACAGAUGAUGGUGUACUUUUGAGACGAAUGGCUCUUGAUAUAGGCGCAGUUCAUCUUAUCCUGGCUUGUUUGUCAGUACUGAGUCACCAUGCACCUCGGAUCACCUCAGGGACAUUCCAGCAGGAGGUGACGUCAUCAGCCAACCACCUUCCAUUGAGCCAGACAGAGGAGAAGACACAACACUACUGGGCCAAAGGUACAGGGUUUGGGACAGGUUCCACAACAUCAAGUUGGGAUGCUGAACAGGCCUUAUUGAGACAAAGAAGCGAAGAAGAACAUGUCACAUGUCUCUUGCAGGUUCUUGGAAGUUACAUCAAUGCUGGUGGUCAGUUACCAAAAGAUUUUGAUAAUGCCAACUAUGCACCUCCCUCAGAGAAAAGCCUUAUUCCAGAAGUAAUGUUGGAUCUGCUCUCCCAGUCCUGCUUGGUGCCAGCUAUAUCAUCCUACUUGAGGAAUGACUCAGUCUUGGAUAUGGCUCGUCAUGUACCAUUAUAUCGAGCACUGUUGGAACUUCUGCGAGGUUUAGCUGUCAGUCCUUCCCUUGUACCCCUCCUCCGCCCACUGGAGAAGGAUGGGGCCCCAGACUCAGCCACUGCCAUUGAGGUUCUUCUGGACAAGAUGAAAGGCUGUGUUGACACAUAUGCCAGUCGCCUAAGAUCAAACAAAGGCAAAAAUGGGUGUUCAUCUACUACACCUACACCAGCCAAGAUGGAAGAAGAAGAAAAUGAAGGACUUGCUCUUCUCAUACCUGACAUUCAGGACACAGCACACAUUGUCAGAGUAGCUACAGACAGAGUUAGAGAUACAAUUGACGACACAGACAGUUCAAGUGCACAGGCCAGUGAUCGGGAUCGUGCUAAAUGUUUCCACACCCUGGAGGAGAAGUACAUGAUGUCUAUGAAGGAAUUGCAGUUUGAUACCUUUGAAAUGGUUACCGAAGAAACUGGGGGACUGAAAUUUUUGGUUCCUCAUCACUUUGAGUCAAAUGUGAAGGCAGCUGGAGAAAUUAACAGUGCAUCGAGGACAAGGCGCCUUGCACAAGAAGCAGUCACUCUGUCCACUUCCUUACCCUUGUCAGCCAGCAGCAGUGUAUUUGUCCGCUGUGAUGAGGAAAGGCUUGACAUCAUGAAGGUGCUGAUAACUGGUCCUUCAGAUACACCCUACACAAAUGGAUGUUUUGAGUUUGAUGUCUACUUUCCACAAGAUUAUCCUAACUCCCCUCCAUACAUAAACCUUGAGACAACAGGGAACCACACCAUACGCUUCAACCCCAACCUAUACAAUGAUGGCAAGGUUUGCCUGAGUGUGUUGAACACCUGGCAUGGCCGACCAGAGGAAAAGUGGAACUCUCAGACUUCAAGCUUUCUGCAGGUUCUUGUGUCCAUCCAGUCAUUGAUUCUUGUGAAUGAGCCAUAUUUCAAUGAACCUGGAUAUGAAAGAUCUCGAGGAACACCUUCAGGUACAGCCAGUUCAAGAGAGUAUGAUGCCAACAUCAGACAGGCCACAGUCAAAUGGGCAAUGCUUGAGAUGCUCCGGAACUCUCCACCAUGUUUCAGAGAUGUGAUCCAACGCCACUUUUGGCUAAAGAGACAUGAGGUGCUGAAGCAAUGUGAGGACUGGAUCACUGAAAUGGAGGCCUACAGCAGUGACAAGAGGACAGGCAGAUCCAUUGCUCACAAUACCCUGGCUCUUAAGAGACACUAUAAUCAGCUCCGAGAAGAGUUGGCAAAAAUGAAGCCUCCAAGUGAAUUUGAAGAUGAAGAUGAAGAGUGCAUUGACCCUCAGGGCAAGCAUUACUCCACAGACAUGGCAGCCGCAGCAGCAGCAGCAGCAUCUAGUAACCAGAGUCCAGCAGUGGACCACUUGAGCCCAGGCCCAUCUGCUGGCUCUGCCUUCACCGCACCAGCAGCAGCUUCCAUGCUGCUGGAUCCACUUGGCAUUGGCCAGGAGUUACCAGACUGCUAGCAACACCUUCAUUCAAAAUGUGCCAAAAGUCAAGUCAAAGCUGUAUAUAUCUGGUCUGGAACUUAUGUCUUAUGGCUGUGAUAUGUGCAGGAUUCCGUACAGGACUAUAUCAGGGAAAAAACAAACCUUGCUUACAGAAACUACUGCUGGCUUUGUGGUUGUAACAAAUGAGUCAUAAAGGCAUACAAAUAUCUUUUCACAACCAUUCUGUAACUUGACAGUUAAUGUACUGAAACAUUUGGAACUGUUUAACAGAAAUGGAACAGUUUCUGCUUUUAUAGCUCAGGGUUAUCCUAAUUAGUGUGGUAGUAUGUGCUUUUUUAGACAUAUUAAUUUGAUUUGUUGUUACAUUUAACAUACUGUUAAAACAUGACCAAGAAUGUAAAUAUUGUGUGUGUGCAUUUAGUGACAAAUAUGUUGAGUGCAUAGUUGUUACUAUGUUAUGUGUGAAUGAUUGAAUGAAUAUAAUCUAAGUAUAUACUUUGUACAUUUAUUGUAUCCUUCAGACAAAUGUUAAGUAUCAAACCACAUUUGCUGAAGUGGUACAAGGAGGUAAAUGGCAGCUUGACAUUCUUUUCUUUUAUUUCUACUGUGUUCAUUUGUUGUUUUCAACAUUUUCUGACCCUGAGUGUACAUACUGUGUUUACUAGAUGUUGUUACUAUACAACCAGAUAAUUCCCUUUACAGAGAUAUCCAAAAGUCAACCAUAAUAAUACAGAAACAUUAGGAUAGUGGUAGCCGGAAUCAGAUUAGGUAGGACUAUGUGAGCUAGUAAAAGUCUUUCCAUAAGGGAGCCAUACAUGUGUUAUUAGCAGCUCUUUUAAACUGGACUGCAUAUAGCUUUUGCUGGAAUAUGACUGCCUUUGUUAAUGACAGCUACUCAAAGAUAGUUAACCUAAAAAUUAUUCUAUUUUUCCAAAUAGCCCGUGGGAAUUCCUUUGCAUAGGUCAAGGAGGUUUAUGCCGUUAAUAUUAAAUAUACAUUGUCUCAAACUAAGCUCUGUCAUGGUUUGGUUUUUAUAAGAUGGAUGUCGUAAUUUUAUUUUAGGAAAGUGUUAAGAGCUGUCUUUUUUAAACAAAUGCAGUAAGUUUGAGGUUGCAAUAUUGAAAAUUCUUACUCAAAAGCUUCUGGUUACAAUGCAUAAAACACCUUCAAAUGUCUCUCAAACGUCAGUGUCAUCUUUGAGGUUACUGUGAAACAUGGUUGUAUCUUGAUUGGCAGAUCUUAAGUGGUUGUUAUGAUCUGACAGAACAUGGUGGUACAUUAAAAUGCUUUGAUGAAAUGGUGGUGAUGGGGGAUGUUUCUGUUUUUGCAAGCAAAUGCAAAUACUGAGUUCAUGUCUGUGAUCACAUUCUUCAGGUUCAUAGGAUUAUGUCGAAGACCAAAUAAACAAAAGAUGAAAAUACUACCAACUUGUAUAUCAGUCCUGUGUCUUGAGGUCAUUUCUUAACAUGCCAAGAUAUUAUCAAUUUUAAAAACAAUUAGUGUAUUGUGUAUUAUUAUUGUCACCCUCAAGCUUAUGCAUGUUCUGUGUAUAUUUACAGGGCAAAAAAUAUGUAAACCAGUCAUAAAAAUCUGCUUUUCUCCCCCAUCCAUUUAUACUUCUGAUUAAUUGCACCAUUAAUACAUAACAAUUGUAAGAAAUGUUUGGGCUAUUUCAGCUUAAUUAUAUUGAUGGAUUGUGUUGUUGAUGCGAUGUAGUGUUAUAUGAUCAAACGUGUUGGAAGACCUUCCUGUACAAAUUGUAAAGUCUGUACAGCAUGUAAAUAAACAUAAGGCUAAAAUGUCAAAUAAAUUAAUUUUAAAUGAU